GGUAAGAAUUUCAAAUUGCCCGAAUUGCCACUCCAUGUAGUUGUACUCCAUGAAGCCAAAGUGACACUGUGAGAUGGCAAAAACGGGUCUCCUCAUCACAUCCAGUUUAUCUCGAGUACCUAGUGUCCUCCAGGCAGCUCGGAAGCAUGUUUUCAAGACCCUGUACAUUCAGAUUGAACCCAAAAACACCAACAUCCAGAGCAUUCCUGUCUACUGCUCAGCCAUAAAUCGCAUCUAUGCCUCAUCUAGUGUCCACUGCAACAAUCUGGAUGUUCGGGUAUUGAUCAGCAACCUCCGAGGACAGCGAGUACAGAAGCUGAGCGAGCAGGUAGAUGUGCUAAUGUUUGAUGCUGCUGUUCCCCAAUCUGAGGCCACUCUGCUGGCUGAGGGUCUCCGAGCACCCAGUGUGGUUCAACUGGGACAGCUGGACAGUGUUCCGGACACGGGGGUAUUUGAGGAAGUUGACGCAAAAGACAAUUUUAAGAUGCAUGACAAUGUUGUUCUGGGAGGAACUUUCGAUCGUCUCCAUUUAGGCCACAAAAUCCUCCUGUCCAAUGCUGUUUUGCGCACCAAGAAGCGCCUUGUGGUGGGAGUGACUGAUGUCAAUAUGGUUAAAUCAAAGAAACUUCCUGAAUUGAUUCUGUCCGUGGAUCAGAGAAUAGACGAUGUUACCAAUUUCCUGAAAGACAUUGAUCACUCCCUGAAGUACGAAGUGGUACCCAUUGCUGAUCCUUUUGGUCCAACGGCAAGUGAUCCUGACUUGGAUUUGAUUGUAGUGAGCCAGGAGACUCUCCGGGGAGGUGAGAAGGUCAAUGAGCUGAGACAGAAGAAUAAUUUGAAUAUUCUCGAUAUCUACUGCCUCAAGUUGUUAGAAUUGGAGCCGGAUGUUGGGGAUAAAGAGACCAAGAUCAGUUCCAGCAAUCAGAGGAUGGAUAUUCUGGGAACACGAAUCAGAGAUCCAGAGCCGAGACCAAAUCUGCAUCAACGUCCGUAUCUCAUUGGGCUAGUGGGAGGGAUUGCAUCAGGCAAGAGCAUAAUGUGUGAGCGUCUGAAGAGAUUUGGGGCCACUGUGAUUGAUUGCGAUAAACUUGCCCAUUCGCUCUAUGAGCCAGGAACUGACUGCUUCAAUGCCCUGAAGUCGCACUUUGGGAUUGGGAUUGUGGGUGGUGAUGGGAAAAUUGAUAGAAAAGUCCUUGGAUCUAUUGUGUUCAAGCACAAGGAUAAAUUGGAGGAACUCAAUGGGAUUGUCUGGCCGAGAUUGCUGGAGGCUGUCAGGGAGAAAGUGGCAGAUAUUCGGCAAAAGGGAGAGUACCAAGUGGUUGUCAUUGAGGCAGCAGUCCUGAUCAAGGCAGGCUGGCAGAAGGAAGUACACGAAGUAUGGUCACUAAUUAUCCCACCAGAAGAAGCAAUCCGGAGGCUCAGAGAGCGCAAUAAUUUGACUGAGGACGAGGCCAAGAUGCGUAUUGAAUCCCAACUGAGCAAUCAGGCCAUCGUGGAGCAUUCCAAUGUUGUAUUCUCCUCGCUCUGGAGCUACGAGUUCACUGAGAAGCAGGCCAUCAAGGCCUGGAAUAUCCUCCAGAAGGAUCUCAACACCGAAGUCACAUCGAAGAUUUGAUGAAUUCAUUGGGAUUUACAGGUAUCACAGAACAUUUAUUGUUACCUUUAUUGAUUGUUGAAAAGAAAAGUUUUUAUUUAAAAAAAGGUCGUUUUGAUGCAUCCAGAACUCCGUAAACAUUUAACCUUGCAAGAAUCUAGAACAGCAAUCUUGGUAAAAAUUUAAAAAUGAAGCAGAUAACAAAUGAUUAUUUAUAGAUUAGAACAUUUCAAGCCUGUGCUGAUUAGAUAUUUCUGGAGAGAUAUUUAAUUGCAAAGAUAAUUAGCAAAACUUUGACCUUUGAUAACAAAGAACGCUUCUUAAAUUUAUUUAAGAAUGCCCUGUAGCUUCUUAAAAAAAUAUUUUAAUUUUCUCUGAGGUCAGUAGGGAAAUUUUCUAAAAGUCGGACAGCGCAGAAAGUCGGACACCGAAAACUAAAUGGGGACUAAGCGAAAGAUUCAUCGAAAAAAAUAUUAAAAUAUCUCUGAAAAUGCGUUAAAAAUUAAUAUUUUUAUUUAUUUUUAGUACUUAAAUAGGGUAAGUGUGCCAAAUUCCGCCCAACUUGCAAUUUCGGGCACCUUUUUUGUUCCUCGAAUUUCCAUGACUUUUUAGUUUUUGCAUACUCUAGAGAUCAUUGCAAAAGAAGAACAAAAAAUAUCGCUUCGACGAGCAAGAUGGUCUAAAAAGGCAUUGGAAGAAUUCCUGAAGGGCAAGGAACUAUGAGAAUUAAGGUGGCCGAAAUAGGGCACCAAAGCUAUGUCUACAUUUUUAUUCAUUUUAAAAUGUAUUAAAAAUGAUUUUAGAGAAAAAAAACGAUAAACUGUCUACAAGGUUCUAAGCAACACUCCUUAGAAAGAAGUAAUUAAAAAAAAA